AUGGUACUGAGAGAUCAGCGGCACUGGCUUACCAGACUAUGUGCGCUGGUGCCUGACCAGGUGGCGUGGCGCACUCUUUUGCAUGCAGUGAUGACAUUCAAGCCCUCGAUGCCUCUUCCACCUGUGAAGCUACCUCCGAGGUGUCUAACUCAUGCUCAUCGAAGGGUUUACCCUCCCGAAACAAAUCCCAUUGAUGGAAAAGGUUACAGCUAUGCAAGAGGCUUGACCAGAAGAUAUAGUUAUGAAGCUAGUGAUGCUGUUUCGGGGCUCAAUCGUGGAACAGAAUGGUAUGAAAUUCGGGUUAUCUUUGUAAACUACUUAAAUUCUAGUAAGUAUAGCCGGUCGCCACGAACCACCACUAUUGGAGGACGUCGUUAUGUCAGAGAAGUGCACAGACGUUAUGAAACUGACCAAGCACCGAGCACUUACCGUCAACACGAAUCACGGCUUCUCGGAUCCGGCGACAGUGACAAGCGCUUGGACGAUUUUCUGCCUGAGUAUCUGCGACCACCGAAAGAUCCUUUCGAAGAGGAGCCUCGAUUUGCCGACUCAGCGACAUUGCCGAACUACCUGGGAAACCCGAAUUCUAUCUAUCGUCUUCGCCCUCACAAAAGUGGCUCUUUUGGUAGCUCAGAAAAUUCAACGGGAUCAAGUUCGUCGUCUAACCGUUACAACGGAUACUUCAAAAGUUCUGCUACUUCUACAGAAAAAGCUACGGAUACUGAAAAAACAACUAAAACUGCAGAAGAAAAGAUAAGCAAAUCAAAAACCACUUCUGAUGAGCAAACGUUAGACCCACUAAACCCAGUAUACUCAACGGAAUACGUUGGAUACUCUGCUACUUCAGAUGUGAGGUGA